GAUGUUGGGGGAUCUCGGACUCUUCCAGACCUCUCCUGCCACCGUCUUCCUCAUUUUGCUCUUUGCUGCUGACAUGGGCGCAGGCUCUGGGAACCUGGAGGUGACACCAGGCCCGCUGUCUCUGACAGUGGUUGAGGGCGACAUGGCUCGCUUUGAGUGUUCCAACAAUAGGAAUAGCCCCAACAUCACCUGGUGGUACAGUCUCCUCUAUGCCAACCACUCGGAGGUCCUGAACAGCUCAAGUGGCAAGGUUGAACAUAUCAUCAAGAAAGUGAAGAAAGAACAUAGUGGCGUGUACUACUGCAUAGUGAUGGAAGGGAAACAGCGGGUGCGCUCCUGUGGCACCUACCUGCGCGUGCGCGAGCCAAUUCCCAGACCCUUCCUGGACAUGGGAGAGGGCACGAAGAACAACAUCAUCACCGCCGAGGGGGUCAUUCUGCUCUUUUGCGCCGUGGUGCCCGGGACACUGCUUCUGUUUCGGAAGCGAUGGCAGAACCUGAAGUUUGGGGUAGAGGCCCCGGAUGACUAUGAAGAUGAAAAUCUCUAUGAGGGCCUGAACCUCGAUGACUGCUCCAUGUACGAGGACAUCUCACGGGGCCUCCAGGCCACCUACCAGGAUGUGGGCAGCCUCCACAUUGGAGACGUGCAGCUGGAGAAGCCCUGAGCCCACCAACCACCGGCAGCCCCUGCGCACCCCCAAACCCCAACCCCGACAGGUCUCUUCACAAUCUGUCCAGUGUCCAUUUCGCCUCAGGUUCACCCUUCUUCCUGCUAGACCAUCCUCCCUCCCACAGGCCUACCCCCCCUAUUUCCCCCUCCCCAGCAUAAUGAGCCCU